AUGCUAGCGCUACUGGCUACCGGAUUGAUCGAAUUGGAGGGAGCGGAGAUGGGAGGGGAUGAGAUCGCAGAGCACAGACUGUGCCACCAAACGAGGAAUGGUGCUUUUAUUGCGUCAAUCGAAAGCGUGGAGCCAGACGUGGUCAAGAACACACGCCUAGUGGCGGCGAAUCUAUGCAAGCCACGUGGCUUUUUGCGCAGAACCAUGUUAACACUAGAUUGUCGAGAGCUUUUGUUGGAUGAAAUAAAGAAGUGUACCAAUCUAUCCACAGCCUCUAAGCUCCACAAUGAGAUUGAGCACCUCCUCGCAGUAGGAGACUGCUUGGCAUGCAAUUUGGUGGUGCAAAUGUAUGGGAGGUGUGGAUGCCCAGAAGCAGCAUGGCAAAUCUUCUGCGGCUCUACAUCACGGAAUCGAUUCUCGUGGAAUGCCAUGCUCUCUGCCUUCGCAUCAAACAGCCACCUUGACCAAGCAAAGCAGUUGUUUGAUCGAAUGCCCGAAUGGGAUGUUGCUUCAUGGUCAAUCAUGAUCACUGCCUUCUCUAGGCAUGGCUUACUCCUACAGGCGAAAGAAGUUUUCGAUUCCAUGAGAGAGGCCUUGUAG